CAUUCACGCCCGCGUCCAUCGUCCCGUGUUCUGCAGGUCAAUGUUGUGAUGGCGACCCAGUCAUCAUAAAGGACUGCCUCAAACAUAGUGUUUGUGGUGCAGCAGACCCAGUUCUACGUGGUGGCGGGAAGGACCUGAGGGACGGUGGCAUGCUGUGACGUCAGUGAAAGGACCCCAUGGCGGGCCGGGAGACUCCGAUGGGGGCCAGGGACGCGGGCGGGGAGAGGAGGGACACCCCUGUUCUCCCCCGCCUCACAGGAUCCGGCGUCAAGGUCCUACUCGGGAAUGCAAGAUCGAAUUCGGCUGCAAGUCGUUUUCCUGCGCUGCCAGAAUUGAGUACGAGUCGCCGGCCAUCACAGACAGGAUCAUAUUCAAGUCGAGGAGAAAGAUCAGGAUCCUCUUUAAGUCGACUCGCACCAAGACCACUAUCUUCUUUAAGCCGAACCAUGCCAAGACCAGAAUCUUCAUUAAGUCGACUCGCACCCAGACCAGAAUCUUCUUUAAGUCAACUUGCGCCCAGACCAGAAUCUUCUUUAAGUCGACUCAUGUCAAGACCACAAUCAUCUUUAAGCCGCCUCACGCCAAGACCAGAAUCUUCUUUAAGCCGAACCAUGCCAAGACCAGAAUCGUCUCUGAGUCUCCUCGCGCCAAGACCAACAUCUUCUUUAAGUCAUCCCUCAGUAACACCAGAGUCGCCAACAGCUGAACCAGGAUCGACAGCACCCCAACUUGCAGCGAGGCCAGAAAUUCAUUCAGAUCGACUCUUAACAAGACCAGAAUCAUCUCUAAGUCGACUCACAGGAAACACAGAAUCGCCUCCAUGUCAACCAGCAAAAAGACCAGAACCAAAGACCACUCACCCGGCCGCAGAAAGACCAGGAUCCGGCCAGAGCUCGGCAACCCAUCCGCCUAAGAUCGAAGCUCUGAAGAAAUCAGGUUCUCGACAUUCGCUGUGCAAAAGCCAGUCAGCGACGUCCUUGUCCCUGCCAUGCAUUCUUCCACCGCUUCCUUAUUAUCCAAGGCCUCCCCCCUCCUUAUCCUCCUCCUGUGCCCCCUUUGUCCAACCGAGGGGAAUGCCCGAAGCCCGGAGCACGGUUAAGGACCUCAAAGAAGAGCAACAACGCAUUCUCCAUGAAGAAAAGAGUUUGGAAGCAAAGCAGGACUUGGUUCAAACAGUAGACGUUGAGACGGAACACACUGCAGUCAGGAGAUGCACGGGGGAGGCACAACAAAGUAGAGUGAACAUUGACCUGAGUAUGGUUAAGACACAUCUUGCUGUAGUGAAGACACACCCUAGUGUAGUGAAGACACACCCUAGUGUAGUGAAGACACACCCUAGUGUAGUGAAGGCACACCCUAGUGUAGUGAAGACAUACCUUAGUGUGGUGAAGACACAUUCUUGCGUGGGGAAAACACAAUUCUUUGUGUUUACACCACAAUACAAUGUGUCUACACCACAGUACGGUGUGCCUACACCACGGUAUGAUGUGCCUACACCACAGUACGAUGUGCCUACACCACAGUACGAUGUGCCUACACCACAGUACGAUGUGCCUACACCACGGUAUGAUGUGCCUACACCACAGUACGAUGUGCCUACACCACGGUAUGAUGUGCUUGCACCACAACAUGAAGUGCAUAGACCAUACUUCAAACCACACAUCGAAGUAAUACAAUACUCUUAAAAGGCCGGAGCGCGAGACCGUCAGUGAAAAAGUCACUAAUGGGAGUCGCAGAAUACCAACGCUCUAAUUCGUCGGGAGAACAGGUUUCUCCGACAAAUCAUUUUGUUGAUGAUUUGGAACACACGGAUGCCACAGACAAAAGAGAAACGAGAAAAAAAAUCAGAGAAAUAGAGAUAAGAUCAGAAGAUAUAUAUAUGUUUAAGACAACAGUAAUUUUUUUUCGAUACGUUUGAAGACUGGUAUAAAAAGUACUCAAACCGACGGAGAAAUUUAACAUCUUCUGAACACCUUUUUUGUGCCUGACAUAAAUGAGGUUUGUUCAGCAAAGCAUGAUGGUGAACAACAGUUACUAUAUUCCUAGUUGAAUUAUAAGGAAAAUAAAGCAAUGUAUUUCCAGUAUUUU